CGCGGGCGGCGGGCGGCGGGCGGCGGGAUGGGCGGCGGGCGCGGCGCCCCCAGGCUGCGACCCCGCGGACCCUCCCCUCGGCUCACCGCCUCCGCGGCCCGGCGCUCGAGCAGAACUCCCGCACUCCACCGGGCUCCCGCGGGCGGCGCGUAGGGCGGCGAUCGGGUGUCCCUGGACGAGCCGCCGGCUUCACCCGGGUCACCUCGCAGCUGGAGCCGCCGGCAGCGGGGCCCUCCGGAGGCCCCGGCACAAGGGACCAUGAAAGUGAGGUCAGCCGGCGGUGACGGAGAUGCGUUGUGUGUUUCAGAAGAGGACCUGGCUGGUGACGAGGACAUGCCGUCCUUCCCGUGCACACAGGAGGGCCGGCUGGGGGCCCGCUGCAGCCGCUGCCAGAAGAACCUGUCUUUGCACACGUCCGUGCGGAUUCUUUACCUCUUCCUGGCCCUGCUCCUGGUGGCGGUGGCUGUGCUGGCCUCUCUGGUUUUCAGGAAAGUGGACUCUCUCUCAGAGGACAUCUCCCUGGCCCAGGCCAUUUAUGACAAAAAGCUUGUGUCUGUGCAGGAAAAUCUCCAGGGACUAGAUCCGAAAGUCCCAAACAACUGCUCUUUCUGCCAUGAGGCUGGGCAGCUGGGGCAAGAGAUCAGAAAACUGCAGGAGGAGCUGGAGGGAAUUCAGAAGAUGCUCCUGGCUCAGGAGGUUCAGCUGGACCAGACGUCCCAGACGCAUGAACUGCUCUCCACCACUAGCAGUCAAAUCUCCCAGGAAAUGGGCAACUGUUCCUUCUCCAUCCACCAGGUCAACCAGUCUCUGGGGCUCUUCCUGGCCCAGGUGAGAGGCUGGCAGGCCACCACAGCUGGCCUGGACCUCUCUCUGAAGGACCUCACCCAGGAGUGCUACGAUGUCAAGGCUGCAGUGCACCAGAUCAACUUCACCGUGGGGCAGACUUCAGAGUGGAUCCAUGGAAUCCGGCGGAAGACGGACGAGGAGACCCUGACCCUCCAGAAGAUUGUCACUGACUGGCAGAACUACACCCGGCUCUUCGGCAGCCUGCGCACCACCUCGGCCAAGACGGGAGAAGUGGUCAAGAACAUCCAGGCAACCCUGGGGGCCUCGUCGCAGCGCAUCAGCCAGAAUUCCGAAAGCAUGCAUGACCUGGUGAUGCAGGUGAUGGGCUUGCAGCUGCAGUUGGACAACAUCUCGUCCUUCCUGGACGACCACGAGGAGAACAUGCACGACCUGCAGUACCACACCCGCUAUGCCCAGAACCGCACGGUGGAGAGGUUCGAGACGCUGGAAGGACGUAUGGCUUCCCACGAGAUCGAGAUCGGCACCAUCUUCACCAACAUCAAUGCCACCGACAACCACGUCCACAGCAUGCUCAAAUACCUGGACGACGUGCGGCUCUCCUGCACGCUGGGUUUCCACACCCACGCCGAGGAGCUCUACUACCUGAACAAGUCCGUCUCCCUCAUGCUGGGUACCACAGACCUGCUCCGGGAGCGGUUCAGCCUGCUCAGUGCCCGCCUGGACUUCAACGUCCGGAACCUGUCCAUGAUCGUGGAGGAGAUGAAGGCUGUGGAUACGCAGCAUGGAGAAAUCCUACGCAACGUCACCAUCCUACGAGGUGCCCCCGGCCCUCCAGGACCAAGAGGACUCAAGGGAGAUGUAGGCGUGAAAGGGCCAGUUGGUGGCAGAGGACCAAAAGGAGACGCUGGCAGCUUGGGCCCCCCAGGGCCUCAGGGUCCUCAGGGGCAGCCCGGGGAUGCUGGACCUGUGGGAGAAAGGGGGCCAGUCGGCCUGCGAGGUUUCCCGGGACUCAAAGGCUCAAAGGGCAGCUUUGGAAGUGGAGGCCCGAGAGGACAGCCAGGCCCCAAAGGGGAUGUGGGGCCCCCAGGGCCAGAGGGGCCCCCAGGGUCCCCAGGACCCUCAGGGCCUCAGGGAAAACCGGGAAUUGCUGGAAAGACGGGUUCACAAGGUCAGCGGGGGCCCAUGGGGCCUAAGGGUGAACCCGGGAUCCAGGGUCCCCCUGGCCUGCCCGGGCCCCCAGGCCCACCAGGAAGCCAGAGCCGCUACUGAGCAGGGCCCCAGUCCCAGACACUGCCACACAGAAUGCCGGGAAGGGGACUCAGGGCAGAGCGAGCCCACAGAAAGCUAACCUACAGACAGUUAUGGUCUUUUGAUUCUGAAGAGGGUUGCCCCGAGGCCUGCCCCUGCACCUUUGGGUUCUCCGGUACUGACUGUACCAUAGAAAGUACACACACACACACACACACACACACACACACAUGCAUAUGUGUGUGCACGCACACAUGCAUUUCCCUGCUGGCCAGGGGGACCAACUGGGUUUCCCUGGCUGGGCAGGAGGAGAGGGCAGAAGAAGAAACCCCCUCUCCAGUGACUGAGCCUGCCAGGGAGGUGGCUACCUCGGGAGGAAGGUCUUGAAUCUGUCUCUGAAUUGGUGACCAACUUCCGUCUUUUCAGCAUCUUCACACCCUUACCAGCCAGCAGUUUUCUGGGGUUCCCAGCAGUUGAAGAGACCCAGGAAAACUUUUGCAGGAGAUUAUAAUUCAAACUCUAGUAACAAGGUGGGUUUGGCAACCGCCAGACUCUCCCUGUAACUAUGGGAGCAGAGCCCCAGGACCUGCCUGUCUCACAGAGAACAGAGAAAUGCACCAGGGCCGUCAUUCUCGAGCCCUGGGCACUGCGCCCAGGAGCACAGCAAUUUUUUUUUUCACACCUCCAGAAAAUUCCUUGCUUUAUCCUUGCCUCCGCCUCUCAGGAGCAUUCUAGAAGGAAUCCAAACAGGAGUUUCACCUGCACAGGACACUCUCCGGGCCCUGGAGCAUUCUGCCGAAGUGGUGUCCAGUCCCUGGAAGCUGGAGGAGGGCUGGCGGAGGCUGUGGCCACUGGGCUGCCUAUGAAGCUGUCCCCCUUGAUGUCCAUGCCUGGGGUGGGCCCCUCUGCGAUGGCUGUGGGAGGACUGGCCCCUGGUAACAGGGCAGCCCUCUCUCCUGCACUCAUGUUCCCUCCUGCCCACAGCUGCUCGCUGACCUCACCCCACCUCGACCCAGAAUGGCCUGAAGCCCCUCUGCAUGAGUGGCACAACUGAAGGAGGAGGGAAGGGCCUGAUUGUCCACAAGAGGCUCAUUUGAACAUCGCCCGUCGCCCGCCUCCAACUUCCCGUGCACCGUGGCAGAAAGGAGCCGAAGGACGUUCCCCCAGCAGGGAGAAGACCGCCCAUAGGCUCGACUCACUGUGAAGUGGCCCUGCCUUUGUGUUCCAGCAGAGCCCGACCAAGCCUGCGGUGGGGCGUGGAGCUGUGGGCUCCCCAGCCUGACUCAGAUACCAGCCCCUCUCCCCAUUCCAGCCUCAAUGCCACCUCCCUUCUCAUGAUAGAUGUGCAACUGGUUUGCACUCUCACCCGUCCCACUGCCAUGUAAUUCUCCUGUCUACAUAUAAUAUCAUGCAACAUACUAUUACUGACUCAGUAAAGAGCUGUUUCCAGGAA